AUAUUCCAAACUAAAUUAGCAACCAAUAAGAAGCUGUACUUCAUCCUGUUAUCACCGACCGACGAUAAAAAUGGUCUUAUCAGCGCCCAUGUCAGUCACUCAUCGAGUUGGGCAGAAGUGUUACAGCUGCGUAACCUGUACAUCGUGAGGAAGUGUCAAUUUUUUGUCGAACAUCGAUGUUUAGCAGGUGAGAGGAACGCAGUAACCUAGAGCGGGAACUAAGAAUUGCUGAAAAUGAGAUUCAGAUUUCUCGGCGAUGGCGACUGUCCAGACUGGUUGCUGGCGGAAAUCAACACGCUUUCGCGAAUGACUUCGAUUAAGAUGAAAAUACUAGGCCAAGCAGUAGCUAAAUAUUUGACCGAGGGAGAACUGGAUGAGGAAAAAGUAAAAAAGAUCACGCAAGACGCUAAACUCGACGUAGGUGACGCAAAGGCGAUGGUAGCCGCGCUCGAAUUGAUCUUCACAUCUUCCGCCCGGUACGGCGUUUCCGCCGCCGAUUUGAGCAGCGAGCUGCAACAAUUGGGACUUCCACGAGAGCACAGUACUGCCGUGGCGAGGCUUCACAUCGAUCAUUGUCCACAGAUCACGGCUGUUCUCUCGUCUCAGUCUUUGAGAGUCAGUCGCUUGUCCUCUAUCGAGGUAUUACCAUGCGAUAGCGCUUCGCCCGUUUCCACCGUGGCGUUAAAACUGAAAAAGGUAGACGGCAAUGAAGAAGAUUCCACUAUAAAUAUCUCGAAAGACGAUGUGCAAGUGUUAUUAAAGGAAUUGAAGAGAGCGCGAGCGCUUAUGGAAAGUCUGUGAAUAUACGCACAUUAAGAAUAAGUGUUUAAUUUUUAUAUAUUAUUAUAAUUAUGCGACUUGUCAACACAGAUACUUGUUACUCGUGAAGAAAGAUAAAAUUCUUGAGAACUUGGAA